AUGUUAGGCAGUUGUAAUCAACAAUCAAACUUUUGGGGAUUUCCUGGUAGUCCAUUACCAUUUUUUGCAAACGUCGCUGAACUAAAAAGUCCAUUAGGACAAUGUAUCAGUCAUCAUCAACCAUCAUCUUCUUCAUUAUCAACAAACUUUUUAAAUAACAAUGGUAAUCAUAAAAUGUGUUAUUCUAAUUUAUCUUCAACACUUCCUCCCGGCACAUCAUCAAAUGGUACAUGUAGCUCCGGUUCAAAUACAUCAUCUAUUACACCUCCAAAUUCAAUGACCGAUUUUUCACGUGCAACAACAUUAAAUUUAACACAAUUUAACUAUCUUAAUAAUCCAACAUUUAUUUCACAAUCAUCAUCACCAACAAAAGAUGACAGAAUGAAUACAACUUGGCCACCUUCAAUGCAAACAAAUUGGGAAACGAAAGGUAAAUUUUUUUUCUUCCAUUGAUUUAUUCAACUCACUCACGCUUUCUAUAGAAGAGCACAUCACACAUCUGCGUAUUUUUCUUUUUUUCUGUUGUGAUAUUCUUAUGAUCUUCUAUUGUUCAUAAAUGAACGUAUUGCUCAAUCAUUCUUAUUCAGACAUGGCAACUUAAUGGUUAUUCGAUGAUUUAUUUAUUUCAUCAUCUGCGUUUAUACGUUGUGUGUGUAUGUGUGACUCAAUAUUAUGAGAAAUUGUGUUUUUUGAUAGUAUCAAACGAGAGAGAGAAUAAUGAUUUCCGGUGAAAUUUUUCAAUUAUACAAGAUUUCUAUAAAAAUCAUAGUGAGGUAAAUCUAUUAUGGCAUUUGCAUAUGUUUCAUUGUUAUUAAUUUACAGUAGAAAAAGUUCAGCACAUGCAUAGAGCUCACUAGUGGACUAAAACUUACUCAGCAUCUGUCUGAGUUUUCUAAUUAUGAAUAGGUAUUUGAAUAGAACGGAUAAGACCAGAGUUGUAACCGGAUCCACAAAUCAGUACGGGAUUGAUCCGAUUAAAUUUUUCAAUCGGCCGAAUUUUUACCGAUUUAUGUUUUGAAAAAAAAUUUUUUCGGAUGUUUUUUCGUCUAAAAAACUUGAAAAUGUGACAAAAAAAAGUGUCUGAUCGGCUGUUUAGCGGCCGAUCCGAUCCUAAUUUUUUCAUCGGUUACAACUCUGGGUAAGACUACUAGUUACACACUGCAUUUGAUUAAUCUUCUAAUUCUGUCAUGUCGAAAAAACCUUUCAAGAAAGGAUUUCAGAUCAGUCUUUUAUUAUUUUCUCUAUACAAUAUGUCAAGCCGUGUCCAUUUCCCUUUUCUUCUGUCUCUCAAUCUAUUGCCGCUUUGAGAUUCUACGUACAUACGUUUUUUACUCAAUGACAAGAAACCACUAUUGCAUAAAUCAACACAUCAUACGUUGUAAAGAGAAAAAAUGUCAAAAAAUUGUGUUUUAAUUGUUUUUUAAUGUGUGAUAUACAAUAAUUUUCAAGUAAAGCCUAUUUGGCACCAUGUUUUCUAAUAUUUUGUGCAAUUUGUCCUGACACAAAUGAUUUAAAGAAAAUUAAUCGACCAUAAGUCCGUUGCCACACGCAUUCUUCUUUUUUUGUGGUUGAAAAAGAUAAUACGUUUAGAGAUGAAUGAGGCAUGACGCAUUAAUAAGAGACAAGAAUAACUUUCUAGUUGAGACUUGAAUAAUGCAGAGAAUGAGGAAGGGAUUUUAGACUUUCAAUUAGACAGUUUGAUAACUGUCCUCUUUCUUUUGUCAGUUCAAAAAGAACAAGACAAAAUAGAUAGUUUUUGUAACAUUUUACAGUAGGGUAAAAGUGAUUUAUUGGCUGAUUUUUUUAUUUGAGCAUUUUAUAUUGUUUAUUCCAGUGACCGUCUGUGAUGAGUGGUAACAUGACCGUAUAUCAUGUUUAGGUGUGACAGUUAUUUGACUUAUUUCAUGUAUAAUAAUAGUCAGCUUAAUUAAUUCUUUACAAGAUUUUCAUGCUAAUAUUGUCACAUUACUUUUACUAAAAAAUCUGUUCAUAUUUGUGUGUGUGAUUAAGACAGCUAUACAUACUAUAAUCUCUUAAGGUGUUCUGAUAUCUUCUCACUUUUCUCUUUCUCUCUAUUUAACGAGAUAUUUAUAACUAAAUGCUUUUUAGACAAAUAGAGCGAUACUAUAUAUUCUUUCAAUUAUUUGAAAAGAAUGUCUAACAGAGAUCUAUAUAGUGUUUACUAAACAUAUCGCGCGAUCUCCUUUCAUCAAUGCAAUUCAAUAUAAAUAGAGAUCAAUAGAAACUCUGUCAUCGUCAAUCAUGAUGAAUGGAUAUAUUUUUCUUUCUCUUCUUCUGAUUCGCCAGUUGGAUUCUUCUUAAGAAGAAGUAGCCGAUAGGAAAUUGGGCGAAUCAUUAAUAUAAACAUAGCGUUGUUUAACUUGAGAGUAGUGCAAGAUGUUUCAAAAGUUCGUAAGAAGUCAUUCAAUUAAAACUAUUAUCCAUUUAAAAAAAGAAUGAAUGUAGUUACUUUCUUAAGAACUUUUCAUUGAAAUUAGAUAGAGAGUUGAAGUCUUUGCUAAAUGUGGAAGUCAAUGUUAGCCCUAGUCGAGACUCCCGGCAAAACCCCAACGGGAGUCCCAAGUUUAUGAAAAACUCCAGCAGGAAUCGUAAGGAGUCCUGAUGACUCUCGCAGGAACUUUCUAAAGUGAAAAGUCCAACAUGGAGUCAUGAGGAGUCCCAA